AUGUCUGGUAGUCCUAUAAACAAUGUCUGUGAAGUCUUACGUGAUAUAUAUCAACGUACACAAAAAGACUAUCGUCUAUUCACAUACAAUACUCAGACAGAUGUGAAACGUACCUUAAAGACAUUAUCUGAACGAAAUGACAAUCUCCAAGCUAGUGGUGGAACUUCAUUUGCCUGUAUAUUCACUGCCAUCAAAGAUUAUCUUCUACAAAAUGCAUCAGCCAAAAAGCCAAUAGCCUUCAUAUUUAUGACUGAUGGGCAGGAUAAUGAACCAAAUGGACCAGCAUUGCAGAAGAGUAUUCAGAUGUUAAAGUUGAUGUUAAGCGGAAUGAUAAAUUCACCUCCGAUUACAUUUCAUGUGAUCGGCUUCGGUGAAGUAAACGAUACAUUUCUUAAUCAAAUCCGAACAUUUGGCACUCGGCAAGGUCUCUUUCGUUAUUCAACAGAAUCUAAAGAAUUACAAAAUAAUUUUAAUGAUAUGUUUGAAUAUGCAUUGAAUGUUCAUCAAUUCACUAUUAAAUUCCCCGAUGGAAAGACUUUUACUGCAAAUAAUAUCGAUAACGAAACCGUUGGUUUUCUUACGAACGAUGGUGAUGAUCUCAGUGCGAUGGUCGAAUUGACACUCAUUGAUGAAAAAGCAAUAACGACACAAUUUCCCCUAGCACCGAUGAAAGACGUUCGUACGAUACAUCUUCUUCAUGCACUGAACCUUAUUCAACCGGAAAACGAAGAACAGGUCAAAUCAAUUCAAACCUGUUUGAAUGAUAUUCAAAUAACAAAUAGCAAAAAUUUUGCAGAACGUCUAGAAGCAGAACAAAUUUACAAGGAAAUUGAUCAACGCAUGAUGGAAUAUCGACAAUUAUUUACACAAUUGAAAAUGACUCAAGUACCCGAACGUGUAAAAUUGCAAUUGAGUGCAUUGAGGCAUGAUCCAAUCUUUGCUAAUACACAACGAAAGAAGAAAUUAGAUCUAAGAGUCUAUAAGAAUGUCGAUUAUUUCAAAAAAACAGAUGUUAGUGGGAUAUUACAAGGUUAUAAAGAUUCCAUUACACCGGAUGCAUGGCAAAAGAUCAAAGAACAGAAACAGGAUUGGGUGGAUACCUACUCCAAUGAAGAUAUCUAUGAAAUUAUGAGAAAAUCAACGGAUAAUAUUUUAUGUCUGGGUAUUUUUGUUCAACGUGACGAAGAAGUCAUCAGCAAUCCCGCGAAAGGCUUAAAACUUUUGAAGGUGACCAAUACUAUUAUUUCCUAUGAUUCGUUUAUCAAUGGAAUGAAUCUAGCAAAAGGUAAUCAACAAGCCCAAGGGCAAUUUACUACUCUAAAUGAUCUCUAUUUCAUCGCUGGUACUCUCGCCGAUGAACAAAUCAAUGCAGUCAUACCCUUGUAUAUCAACGACGAACAUAUGAAGCGAAUACGUAUUCUUGAAGGCAUCUGGCUUGGUUAUCUCUAUACCUUAGACAGUUACGGAUAUGAUAAACAACAGGAAGUUGCACUUUUAAAAUUACUAUAUGAAAUUAUUCAACAACGUACGAAUACACAACGGCAAAAACAAGUCUUAAUCGAACUGGAGAAAGUAUGUCGAUUUAUAAUCGAUGAAUCCCAAGGUUUCAAAACCGCGGAACAAUAUGGUGAGAAGACCUAUGAAAAAUUAUUGAAGCGACUACCAAUUGUCAAUACUCAAGAGUAUGAUUUAUCAAUACCACUGAUGAUUGGUUAUUUAAGAAAUGAUCUUACAUCUGUUCUCGUACCAAUUUACUAUGAAUAUCUUCGACAAGAAUAUCUAAAGAAAUAUUCAAAGAAUUUAGCGACAGUGAAAACAAUUGUAGAAAAUCUUGUCUAUGGUUGUGACGCGAAACAUUUGCCAACUGCCUCUAGUACAAAUAAUUCGAACACAUUAAUCAAUAACAACUUACCGGAUCACAUCGAAAAAACUUUUAUCGAUUAUUUUCAUGAUGAAUUAUCUCAACCAGUUCAAUUAACACCAGAAAAUAUAAUCAAGGAAAGUCACAAACGAAUGAUACGUGAGGAAAUCGAAUUGGAUUAUAUCAAAAGUUUGCUCUUACCAUUACCCGAUUUUAUUCGAACGAUAUUAAAUUCUUGUCAAAUCGACGAAGAUUUUAUUGAAAAACAUUUACAUUACGACACUUUAAGAUAUGAGUUAUUAAUUACCUUUUAUUAUCUGAUUUAUUCAGAUACAAAUAGUGGAGGACUUUUAAAUUUACCGAAGAAAGAAAAUAUUUUAUCUGUCAUUGACCGAAGAUUGCAGAGUGAGAAAGAACGUGUCGUAGCUCAUGAUUACUUCGAAAGCGUCCAACUUGUCCGUCUUGUCAGUGAUGUUGCUCUGAACUGUAAGACAUUGGAAGGUUUUGCUGGUGUCAUGCGCAAAUAUUGUCCGAACCGCCGUGGCCCAAUAUUUAGUGGAAUUUUUAUACAAUUACUUGAAUCAUAUGAUGAAAGCGAGGGUGACAACACUGUUGGCACAGCAACCAAGAAAGAGAAACUUAUGGCUUUGCUGAAAAAUCAAAUUUUAACAACGACGGCAACCAAAGUAAUUUACGAGGAUAUGGAUCAGUGCCAUUCGUUACCAUCCUUAGAUGAACAAUUAAAAUCAUUAAGACGAUUUAUUGAUGAAAAGAAAGUUGAACAAAUUGGAUUACAAAAUCGAGGAAGAUUAGUGGUUUAUUGUCGUAAAACACUUAUGGUAGACCGCCAAUGUCAAAGAAAAAGAAACUAUCGUUUUUUUUUAAACCCAUUUUAUGAAGAUUCCUUUUGA